AUGGCAACCCCUGUGCAAUGCUCCAGAUUGCAGAUGAAAGUGACAUCCUUACAGCGCUUCCAGUAUGAUCACAUGCGUUUAGCUCCAACGAUGAGUGCGUGGUCCAGAAGGAAAGCCAUCGCCCGUGUUGACUGGGUGGUAGCCACGGCCAGAAGUUUGAGGGAGAAGGAACACAAGCAUUUAGCCACCAGCAUCGCACAAGGUGCAGCUGCAGUGGAUGCUGCUUGGCAGAUCUUGAAGGGCCACAGGGUGCUGCACAAGGCGACCAACUCUUUGGAGAAAUACCUCAACGAGGGUGGUACUCUGGGUGGCCAACCUAGUGCCGGCGAUGACGACGAGUUCCCUUUCUUCACUCAAGCCAAAAGCUCUGAUGCAGGGCCCGCUCUCAGGCCAUUUUGCCCCAUCUCAAACCAUCAAAAAACCAACAUCUUCCAAUUUCGAAGCUCGUCGCUCGUCCAGAUGGCGCAAGCGAUCGUAGUGGGUGGUGGCUUGGCGGGCGUCUCCGCAGCCAAUACGGUGCUGGAGUGCGGGGGCAAGGUGGUCCUGGUGGACAAAAGCGCCUUCUGCGGUGGAAAUUCCACCAAAGCCACCAGUGGCAUCAAUGGGGCAGAGACACAGACCCAGAAAGCCAAAAAGGUGGAGGACUCCGUUCAGCUCUUUACUUCUGAUACCUUGAAGGGUGGAGCCAAGAAGCCAGAGCUGGUGAAGGUGCUCUGUGGAAACAGCGGCCCUGACGUAGACUGGUUGGUGGACAAGUUCGACUUGGACAUGUCACUCUUGGCUCGUCUCGGUGGUCAUUCUGCUCCCCGCACUCAUCGUGGCAAGGAGCGUUUCCCGGGAAUGACCAUCACCUAUGCUCUGAUCCAAAUGGUGGAGAAGAUUUCGGAGCGCAGUGACCUGGCGCGUAUCAUCAACAAGGCCAAGGUCAAGCAGCUGUUGACCAAGGCUGGAGCUGUUUGCGGUGUGACUUACGAGAAGAAGGGCAAGGACUUCACGGAGGAAGGCCCGGUAAUUUUGGCCACCGGCGGCUUUGGCGCCGACUUCACGGAUGAUUCCUUGUUGGCCAAGUACCGGCCCGACCUUUUGCACCUUCCCACCACCAACGGUGACCACACCACCGGAGAUGGUAUCAAGAUGGGCGAAGCAAUUGGUGCGCGCAGCAUUGACUUGGAAUGGGUGCAGGUUCACCCGACAGGCUUGGUAGAGCCUGAUGACCCCGAGGCCAAGAUCAAAUUCCUGGCUGCUGAGGCCUUGCGCGGCGUGGGUGGCCUGGUGAUCAACGCGGAGGGCCAGCGCUUCUGCAACGAGCUGGGACGGCGCGACUACGUCACUGGAGAAAUGUGGAAGUCGAAGCCUCCAUUUAGACUGAUCUUGAACAAGGCCGCCAGCGAUGAGAUCAUUUGGCAUUGCAAGCACUACACGGGACGUGGUGUGAUGAAGUUCUACGAGAGCGGGGAGGCACUUUGCAAGGACAUGAACAUCCCUUUGAGCACUCUGGAGGCCACUCAUCAAAGCCAUUUCGAGUCUGCCAAGAAGCAGGAGAAGGAUCCUGAGGGCGGGCCAUUCCCGGCCUACCCAUCAGGCAAGACAUGGGAUGAACCCAGCGGCUUGACAGGUGCUGGCAAAAAAUUCUUCCACAACAUCAUCGAUGGCAAAAAAGUGAAGACCGAGCCUUUCUACUCAGCAAUCAUCACUCCUGUCAUUCACUACUGCAUGGGUGGCUUGGAGAUUGAUGAGGACUCCGCGGUGGUCAGCCAGUCUGGCAAAGCCAUUCCCGGGCUCUACGCUGCGGGCGAAGUCGCCGGUGGUGUACAUGGCAACAACCGUCUGGGUGGCAACUCCCUCUUGGACUGCGUGGUCUUCGGCCGUGUGGCUGGAAAGCACUGCGCCAAGUACAUGUUGGGCGAUAAGUUUAAGGCGCUGGAUCUCAAGGAGCUUUCAGGCCUCUCGAUUGGUCAGACCCAAAUUUUCGUGCUCAGUCCUCGUGACAGGUCCCUGGCAGAAGUUAUCUCAGCAGUGAAAUCGGAGGUGAGCCAAGUGCAAAUUCGCAGCUCGGCGGCAGCUGCCUGUGAGUCCACAGACCAGGCGGCCUAUGUGGCUCUGCUGGAGGUGGCCAAGCAGUCAAGGCGAAAGGAUGCCUUCAGCUUGACGGAUUUCGUGGGAGGAGCCAGCGGCAGGGCUCAGGUUGAAAACUUGAACGACCGCACAUUGCGACGUCACUGGGGCGUGAUGGUUUUCCAAGACCUGAACGAUGCUAUCGUGGCUUGCUUGUUUUUAGAGGAUGUCAAGGCUGCCUUUUUAGGACAAGCUGCCCUUGCCGCAGAAAGCCAGAAGAUCCAAGACAGACAGAAGGCGCUGAAGGAGCAACUGGGCUUGACGGAUCAGCUGGCCACGACUCUCACAGAUGAAUGUGAGAAGCUGCUGGCCGACUUCGAGGAGAAAAAGAAGGCUCGGAACCAGGAGAUUGAUGCUCUGGAUGCGAAGAAGAAGGCCUUGGACCUUUGGCCAAUGUGGACCUCCAAUGAGCGCACCACUCCCAAGACCAUCGACGAAGCCAAAACGGGUUACGCUUUUCUCAGACCCGACCUUCUCAACACGCUGAGAAUCAAUAUGAAGGACGUGAUUUGCAGCAAGAAAGCCUCCCAGCUGAAGAGGCUUCACGAAGCCACUCAUUUUGCCAUCGGCUGCCAGAAGUGGGACGAGGACACACGUGGAGCAUCGGUGACCCACUCGACCUUUGUAGAUCCUGAAGUGGUCUAUGCCACAUGUGAUGCACCGGACAAGAAUAUGAGUGUAGUUGAGCUUCGCCAGCAAGUCUUCAAACCUUCCAGCCACUACCGCACGGAGCAACGGGAUCGUUUUGAUGAUCCUGGACCGCAGCCCAGGAACGACACCCUGGUGCCAUCGGUGACGGUGCACUUGGGCGAUGAUCGUCCGGGCUAUUCCCUGCAAUCCCAUGCGGUGCAUCGGAAGAUUCCCAGCGAGGAGCAGGAUGGCGCCAAGGCCCUGAGAGCUGCAGGGAGUGGGAUCCUGAUCCCCACCGCAGUGUUUCCCAAGCCGGUGCGGUGUAACCCAGUGACAGGAGGACCCCGGACCCCGGACGUCUAUGACUUGGGGGUGGCCAACCAGGUACGACAUGACCGGGUGAGCCAAAACAGUUCCAGCAUCAUUCGCGAGGCGCAUGUGCGCAACCCCAUCUCAGGCGAUUGCAUCCCACUGCAGCAGUAUGCCAACCCAAGGGGGGAGGCUCACCUGAGUAGCGAAGGCUUUCCACUCUUAGGUACGCUGCUUGCGCAGGAACUGGCAGCUGGGGAUGCUUCAGCGGCCCCUGGCAGCUAUGUUGGCCGAAAAAGAGGCUCUGGGAAGAUGGCGGCCACCGGAAUGGCGGCUUCCUCCAGUGGAUCCCUCUAUUCUGAAAUGAAACUGAAAAAGAUGGAACUUCAAGAUGAACAGAGGUGUAGGGCACGGCUGGACGCUCCCGAUGCCCAGCAGCUCCCGGACCUGGACGAGGCCUGCGCGGAGGUGCAGCGCAGCGAGUCCCAGGCCCUACUGAAACGACGGGUGCAUGUCACGGCCAAGUUACUCCCAGUGGCCUCCAAAAUCGCCUGGCAACAAUUCACCGGCAGCGACACCGCGGUGGAGAAUACCCGACGCUUGAGGAUGGUCCUUGAGGCGCUGGGCCCUGCCUUCGUGAAGCUGGGCCAGGCGGCGGCCUGUCGCGAGGACAUCUUGAGCGAAGCCGUGGCAAAGGAGCUGAGGAAACUCUGUGAUCAGGUGGCCCCCUUUGACCACUCUGAAGCGCAACGGUUGGUGGGUUGUCAGCUGGGCGACUUGGCCUUCCAGGCGGCCUCUGGUGCUCCCUGUGUGGCGGCUGCCAGCCUGGGGCAGGUGUAUAGCAUUGACGUGAAUGGCCGGAAAUAUGCCAUGAAGGUACAACGACCUGGUUUGAACCGGGCCUUAGCCAUGGAUGUGGUGAUUUUGAAAGGCAUUGCCCGCUUCAUGCGCUCAUUGGUCCGCCGCUUCAUGGUGGCGACACUGGACCCCGUUCAGAUCGUAGAGGAUUGGGCCAAGACCUUGUGGGAUGAGCUAGACUACAAAAAGGAGGCGCAGAGUAUGGAAGACAUGCGACAUGCUCUUUGCGGUUCUGUUGGCGGCCUGGUAAUUCCCAGGGUGAAUUGGCAAUUUACCUCGCUGCGGGUGUUGGCCACCGAAUGGGUGGACGGCUUAAAGAUCACUGAGCAGCCCAAAGCAGUGAAGCCCGCCCAUGUGGCGGUUGGUGUGGAAGCCUUUGCAGCGAUGAUUUUGGAUGUGGGUGUGGUCCACGCGGAUCCGCACCCGGGGAACUUCAUCGUAACGGGAGACUCCAGCAUUUGCCUCCUGGACUUUGGUAUGGUGUGCCGGGUGCCACCAGCACAUCGACAUGCAUGGGCCAAAUGUGUCGUUCAUUUGGUUCGAAAGGAUCACGGCUCCGUCUUGGACGAUCUCAUUGAGAUCGGUUUCUUCCCACAUGACUGCCCUCGCGAUGAGAUUUUGCCAGUCAUGUCAAAGAUCUGGGCCAAGCUUGUGGAGUGUGGAAGCGACAUUCACAAAAGGAAGAGUGCGGUGCAGCUCCUUUAUGCCGAAAUCCUCACAUUAGUUCGCCGCUUCAAGUUCAAUCUCCCAGACUACUACGUGGCUUUGGUGCGAGCGCUACUGACGCUUGAGGGCAUUGCACUGGCAGCAGACUGUAACUUCGAUAUCUUCGAGGCCGCCUUUCCAGUAGCCCUUCGCUUCCUAUCCAGACCCAGCCCCAUAGAUCCAAUGGCCAAGCCCAGUAUUUUCACCUCGGCCGUGCUGAAAGUGCUGCAGAAUCGCGGUGUGGCGAAAGUCCUGGUGCGCUGCGGAGCGUGCACUCAGCUGAACUUCAGAAGUGCGAUUUUCGCAAUCCUGCUUCUUUGGAUUGCACUGCUAUCAGUUUGCUCCGUUUCGUAUGGCAGCCGUUGA